AAAAAAGUAAAGAACGCAUCUCUAUAAUUCAGGCUCCAAUAAAAACACACCCAUCUCAGAACCCUACUCUCUCCAACCUCAAUCUCUCUCACUCAUCUCAAAAAUGGCAACCCCUGGGAGCUGCUCAGUGAGCCACCUCGCGCAGCUCUUCGGCGCCAACACCACCGACCCUACCGGCGCCGCCGCCUUCAUCUGCAACCACUUCUCCGACGUGAACUCCCGCUUUAUCGACACAAACUACGCCAUUGACUCCACUUAUCUCUUGUUCUCAGCGUACCUUGUCUUUUCCAUGCAACUAGGGUUCGCCAUGCUCUGCGCGGGAUCCGUACGCGCCAAAAACACGAUGAAUAUCAUGUUGACGAAUGUUCUGGACGCCGCGGCUGGGGGCUUGUUUUAUUAUCUUUUCGGGUUCGCUUUCGCUUUCGGUUCUCCGUCGAAUACGUUUAUCGGGAGGCAUUUUUUCGGUCUUAAGGAUGUUCCGGAUUCGAGUUUCGAUUAUUCGAAUUUUUUGUAUCAGUGGGCGUUCGCGAUAGCGGCGGCGGGGAUUACGAGUGGAUCAAUCGCGGAACGAACACAGUUCGUUGCGUAUUUGAUUUAUUCGUCGUUUUUAACGGGACUCGUUUAUCCCGUUGUUUCGCAUUGGUUCUGGUCCCCUGAUGGCUGGGCCAGUCCAGCCAGGGAGGACCUUUUAUUCGGAUCCGGCGUAUUUGAUUUUGCCGGAUCCGGUGUCGUCCACAUGGUUGGUGGAAUAGCCGGGCUCUACGGAGCCCUGAUCGAAGGUCCGAGAAUCGGACGGUUCGAUCAGUCUGGCCGCGCUAUCGCCUUACGAGGCCAUAGCGCUUCACUAGUUGUACUCGGUACCUUUUUAUUAUGGUUCGGGUGGUACGGGUUCAACCCUGGCUCAUUUAACAAGAUAUCGACAGUUUAUGUCAGUGGCAGUUAUUAUGGUCAGUGGAGCGCUGUUGGAAGGACCGCGGUGACCACGACUCUGGCUGGAUGUACGGCCGCGUUAACUACUUUGUUCGGUAAGAGAAUUUUAUCGGGCCAUUGGAACGUGACGGAUGUUUGUAACGGUUUAUUAGGCGGCUUCGCGGCUAUUACCGGAGGCUGUUCUAUCGUCGAUCCUUGGGCUGCGAUUAUUUGUGGAUUUGUAGCUGCGCUCGUAUUACUCGGAUUUAACAAAUUAGCGGAAAAAUUAAAAUACGAUGAUCCGUUAGAGGCCGCGCAAUUGCAUGGCGGCUGCGGUGCCUGGGGAAUUAUUUUUACUGCCUUAUUCGCACGGGAAAAAUAUGUUUUCGAGGUUUACGGGGGCGAACCGGGUCGGCCUCACGGGUUGUUUAUGGGCGGUGGGGCGAGAUUGUUGGCAGCUCAUUUGGUUCAGAUUGUGGUGAUUUUUGUUUGGGUCAGUGUUACCAUGGGGACUUUGUUCUUUGUGUUACAUAAGCUCAAGUUACUGAGGAUAACCGCUGACGAGGAGAUGGCGGGUAUGGAUAUGACCCGACACGGUGGAUUUGCUUAUGCUUAUGAUGAUGAAGAUGAGUCCGGGAAGAAUGGGACUCAGAUGAGGAGGAUUGAGCCAUCGCUGUCUUGUUAGAUUUUCUAUUCAGUACUGUCAUUGUUUGUUUUAGGUAGUGGUCGUAGUAGUUUUGUUUAGAAAGCAGUAUUGUUUAGGUGUGUAAAUGUUAUGUUUUGAUAAUGAAAGGUGCGAUUGUUAUUCGUU